AUGGCCACAAUAAAGGGGCAGGCGAAGUCCGAGCCUGCGACACCCAUCAUCCGCGAGGACCCAGGCCUGAUAGAUCAACUUACUCCAACCCAGCCGACCUUUCAAUCCCUCUCGUAUACAAAAGUCAGAGACUUCGCAUACCCUCCCUCACAUCCACUCCAUUAUGGACCACCGCCUAUCCCUAGCAUCGGCUCUACCCCCGGUUCGGCCCGCGACUCUGGCCUUUUCUCUGGCGCAAACGGUAUUAGCGCUUUCCUAGGAUGGUGGAAUCCGGCUCCUGGCGCUGCAUCACCUGGCGGAAGGAGGAUGAGUGAUUCGGCUGCUAUCAAUCGGGAUCCGCGGGGUAGCACGAACCACCCGCCGCCACUCAAAUUCGCUGACGGCCCGCCUUGGUUCGAAGAUGAAGAUCUUGUUAGUCCUGUAGUUAUCACACAAAAACACCGAAAGCACAAGUCCUCGCUGGGGUUACCGUCAGGUCGCACACUAAGUAAAGACGCUAAAAUGUCGUCGAUAACAGAAAAUAUGAAGGACGGGGAGUAUGGAAAUGGAAUAGAAAUACCUGAAGAUAUCGGUGAGCCGGGAGGAACAUUCCAUACUGCAACAGGAGAAUAUUAUGAAGAUGGGGAAGAAGGGGAGGAGGAAUAUGAAGGCGAAGAAGAUGAAGAAUAUGGUGAUGAAUCAAGAUAUUCGAGGGAUUACCACUUUAGUAUCGCGGAUCCCGACGAAGAAAUGCAUGGGAAAGCAGUUGCAUUAUUCGAUUUCAGAAGAGAAAACGACAACGAGCUAGAAUUAGUGGAAGGGCAGGUUAUUUGGGUCAGCUACCGCCAUGGUCAAGGUUGGCUGGUCGCUGAAGAUCCUAGGACAGGCGAAUCUGGUUUAGUACCCGAAGAAUACGUUCGCCUAUUUAAAGAAACACCGUUCGAAAGCUCACCCGACGAAUUCCAGCCACAAGAAGCCGCCACUGCUGCCGCGGCUGCUGCUGAGCCUCAAUCCGCAAAACCCAAAGACUCGCCCACACAUACCCAAGCCAUCCAAUCACACUUCUCAACCUCGUCGAAAGACUUGGAACGUUAUCCAACAGAACAACUUCUCGAUUCUUCAUACCGCCUAGGUUCUCCACCUCCUACCUCCCGCCUUGGCAAUGAUCGCAAAGACUCCACGAGAUCAAAUGAUUCUAUGGAUAUAGAUCUAAUCUCUCCCAUGACAGUAGCCCCCAAUAAUGCCUCCACCAUCGAUCGCGAAUUGUUCGCAAUCCAACAGAGAAAAUUAGAAAGUGGGAAAGUUUUAAACGGGAAGGAUAAAUCCGAACAAGAAGAGUACCAAAUAUUACAUCAUAAGUCGCCGUCAAUGUCCGGGAAAGCUUCGCCGGCAGUUUCGAAGGAUAGAGAUGGUGAUGCGGCCAUGAAUUUGACGGGGACACCGCCGACGCCUACAAGUAAGUUACCGGGGGUUACGACAUCGACAACGGGAGAAGAUAACAGGGGGAGACCGGUUGAGGCGCGGUAG